AUGGACGUCCUUCUUGACUGGAUUACCACCGAAGGGAACUAUCGUAAGUGGAAAGGCGGCAUGAAACACUCAGGUGUGUCUAAAGAAUCACUGUGUGGGCUCAUCAACGGAAGAAUGAUCGAUGCUGGCAUCACGCAUCGUAAGAACGACAAUAUUCGCGAGAAGAUCAAGAGCCUGGAGGCGAGUUUUAAGCGGGCCGAAGAUUGGCGUGCUAACACCGGCCAAGGGGUUACUGACGAGGGCGAUCUGAAGAGCGCUGUGGCCAAGUUGUGUCCUUACUAUGAUCAAUUGGCUCCUGUCAUGUUAGAGCGAGCGUCGACAUGA